AUGGAAAAAACAAAAAUAGAGGCCCUCUUCAUCUACGAUGAGGACGUAAAAAAGGCCGACAAGUCCGUUACAGAUGAGGAGCUACAGGCAGAGAAGGUGAUUUACUACUACCCAAACGAAACAGACGAACAGGUCAAAGUAACGCACACAAGCACCAUGGAAGGUGUCUCUGCCUUCCUCUCCCAGUUCAGCAAAUCACACAUGGACCAUAUAAUAACAAAAGAAAAUUUAAUCGUCAUCCACAAAUGGUACAAACAUAUAUUCGUAACGGUCUUCGUGAAGAAUGUUUACAAAAAUGAUAAAAUGGAACUCCUCAUGUGCAAGUUGCUGCACUCAGUUUUGGACAACUUCAUCUCCACCUUCACACUGCUCCACGGACACAUUCGAACCUUCCUGAAGUAUAAGAAGAGCAAAACAACAGGAAAUAUGAACAGAAAAACGAGCCUCCAGACGCUCUUGGAUGACUAUGUCUUUACAUACGUAAACACAAUUAACAAUCAGUGUGUCAGCAUUCACGACGGCCUACAAAGCUUUCAUUUCUUCCCAGUGGAAAAGCAUACCUACGUUACUGUGCAGAACCUCAUUUCGUCACUUAUACUAGGACAUAAGCAAAUAAAGCAUGGAUGCCUACUUUACGAAGGGCACUUGAUAUACUCGAGCCUUGAAAUGAGCGACACAAAGAUGAUAUACAAUUAUUUGGUGUCCUACGGGGGAACGGUAAACAAUUUAAAGUUAAAUCAGCACCCGUUUAGGAAAAUUGCAUCUUCCGCUGCCAUCAACGCAAAUGGAGGCUUGUCCAGCUUUGCCCGGUGCAAUACACUCGACGAGAAAAAUGCCUUUCUCCUGGGGAUCAAGAAAUCUUCAAUCUUCAUGCCAGUGGUGACCCUCGGUGCAGAGAAGAAGUACAAACUCAUGGCAUUGGUCUACAAAGGUAUCCUCCUCGUACUGCUCAUCAAGGGGAGCACCAUUAGGGAUGAAGACUUUGACAUUUUAAUCGAUGUGCAAAACAAAUGCACGAAUGAAAACUCCAGUAGCAUAUACAGCUUGUCCAAGCUGAACGAGAUCCUCUCCCUGCAGUUUAAAAAGUACCUAAAUCAGGAUGACCCAGUCAGAUACUUAUAUUACAACAAUUUUAGCAAUUCCAUUAAGUACUCUAUUAACAACAAGAAAAUAAAUCAUGAGGAUCUUUUCCUAGUUGCCGAUUUCCACUUCCUACUGCUCGAUUCAGAAAUUAAGAAAAACAAAAUAAAGUUAAACAAGAGGGGGUCUGCCAUGGCAAAGGAAAAGGAACAUUUAUCAAAGGAACUCUUCAAUUUUGAGAAUCAGUGCAUUUAUAAAGAUGCCUCGAAAGAUGGGCUGCCGCUAGAGGGGGGUAGUAAUAAACUGACUGGGAAGGCUUCCUUCGCAAAAGAAACUCUAAGGGGGGAAAAUCAAACGGAAAGUUCCCCUUCACAUUGUGGGCAUCAUGCACAGGAUGGUAAAGGGGGGAACAUCAAUGACGUGGACAAUCAACAGGUGACAGCAUCCCUCCUCAUGGAGAAUCCACAAGUAAGCGGCGAUCAUGCCCUUAAUAGUGGCCCUCUAACCAUUGAGCAAAAAGGCGAAAGGAAUGACCACCCUGUCGAAAAGGAUAGCUUAAAAAAGUGCCAGCCUAUUACAAGCGAAACAGAAAGAGCGCACCCCGCAGCAGGUGGUAAUCCUCCAGAGGGGGAGAAAAAAAAAAAACUCAAAUUAGUCUACAACGAGGAAUUACAGAGGAAGCUCUUUGAAGAUACUAGUGAUGAUGUAAUAAUUGAGAAAAUAUUUUACAAAGACGCAAGUGGACCUUGGAUUUUUGCCAAGAAGACCCUCCAGAGGGAACUUUUUAUUUUCCCCGACGACUCGAAGAUUUCCCUCUCCAAGGCGCAGCACGAUGUCAGCCACUUAAUGGAGCUCAAUUUUGCAAACAUAUACGUUUAG